AUGAACGAACCGGAUGGACACUGGACAGACGAACACUGCCAACACUUGAAGACGAAAGGCCAUGCCUGUAUUACUUCUACAGUGGGUGUGACUUUCUUUAAUGGUGAAGGCGGUGUAUGGCUAAUCCACAGUGUGCCUAAAUUUCCUCCACCGAAUUUUUAUCAAUAUCCAAGAAGUGGCCACCACUAUGGACAGACGAUGCUGUGCCUCUCGUUGCCUUAUUCUCAGCUUGAAAACAUCGCUACUCAACUCUAUUAUAACAAACCUGACAUUUACUCGUCUCAAUUGCCAACAGCAAUGGCUGCUGAUUACCCUGUACUUGCUCAGGUCAUCGCAGGCAAAUAUAAGGUAGGCGAACCAUACCACAAUAUCGUUGAGCUGACUACCGUCGGUGGACAGGCUUUCAAAUCGUUUGCAAAGACAAGCGAGUUCAACCACGAUCUUUACGAUGGACUCGUAGCUCCAACUCUUAAGACAGAUCUGAUCGCUGAAACAUGGCGCAGAGGACUUGAAGUGGGAUCAACAAUUUCGUUCAAAUACACCGAAGAUCAUUCAAAGAUAGCUCGAUCUACGAACCCUUCAAAACCAUGGUUAUGCAUCGGAGACAUUAACCGUAUGACUUCUCAGUAUGCUCGUGGUGGCGGAACGACCUGUAUUUCAAGCAAGUUGCCCUGGAAAGCGUUUGAUGUCAUUAAAAGUGAAAACCGUUGUUGA